GUCCUUCAGUUUGCAGGUGAUUCGGACGUGAUCUUGGUUGGUUUGUGAAAUGAAUUGACAGCUGAAAUGAGUGAUCUUCGUGGUUAAAUGCACCUGAAAACACCUGGGUUUUGGUGAUACAGGUCUCUGAUAAGCUCUACACCAUAGUUUUUUGGACAAAUGCUAUAUAAUUUCUUAGUACGUAAACGUACGGACAGAGGAUUCAUCAAACCAAACUGAUUCAAAAGAUUUUAGCAGAAAUUCCUAGUAGUAUAUAUGGCUUCAACCAACCCUAAUUCUCAAGAAGUGCAACAAAACCGCUCCAAAAUCCUGGCUGACCUUCAGCAGCAGAAGAAGAAGCUCAUGCAGAGGAAAGAGCCUACAGGCAUCAGGGACCAGAUGGAAGUGCAACAUAUGAAUCAGGCACAGAGACAGGCUUUACAGCAUGCCCAUGCCAACUCCUUUGGCUACUUUGUGCCUCAGGACUCUUCAUUUGGAAACCUGAUCCUCCCAGUUCUACCUCGAGUAGAGGACAGCCCCCCGCCAACAUGAUACUUGCUACAUAGCUCUCCAAGCAGAUGUUGGGAGGGAUGAUUGUAAUGUUGUCUGGCUCCCCCUCCCAACAUUAUAUUCCAUCCACAGAGCCAUCUCCUUUCAGAAAUGAUCCUGGAUAAGUUGUCACAUUGAUAAAACUUUCCAUUAUGCACAUACAUGAAAACAAGCCCUAAGUAAGCCUCCGUAGCAGGCUUAUAGAACUGGUGGUUUGGUGGUCUUCGACUGUUUUCUGAUCAGCCCAGUUCUAAACAGGGGUAAUUCAAUCAG